ACUGCCCUGACUCAGGGCCUGAGCCUCAGACUCAAGAGUCAUGGUGGCGCUGUGCUGCACCAUGCUAGGUAGCUAGGAAUGCUUUCGGUGAGGAGACACCACACCUCAAGUGCAGUGGUUCGCAGCUCAACAUUCUCUGCUCAAAUUCUCUGCUCCCUCCCAUUCUAUUCCAAGCUGCAACUCUGGAUACAAUCGAAUUAGCUGCCAAGCUGCAUACCUACCAGCGCUCAAUAAGUAGCGUCGCACAGUUCUGUUAGGACUUUUACUCACCCUUCACUGAUUUUUGAAGGUUGCUUCGCACAGACAUGGGUCUCCUUGACAGUUUCAAGAAGUACAGCCACGGGCACUGGGACCAUGGCAAUGAAAGUCCCGGCCUGAGCUCGGAGCAGAGGCAACAAAUGGGGGCUCCUCAACAGGCUGAUGCCCAAAACGACGAGGCGGAGCGCCAGCUGCAGCGGCGCAACAGCCACGAGGGCGCAACGCAGGAGCGGGAGGCGCGCCAGGUGGUCCAGGCGGCUGCGCUGGACAUCCCCAAGCAGAAGACGUUCCAGAAGACCCUCAGCAUGCCCGCCUCGUACGGAGGGCCGUUUGGGUCGCCCUCGUCCCCCACAAGCCCCAAUGCAUCAGGCAGCCCUUCGUCAGUGUCCCCACGUGUUCGUGACAAUGUGUGGCACAGCGUUUUCCACCCUGGGCGCAACCCAUCCAUGAAGAAGGAAGGGGCGACCAAGUUCGACAACGCACAUAGCAGCGCAAAAGGCAUAUAUGACUGGAUGUACAUGGAGGAUGGUUCAACAAGGUCCAAGCACCAGUAGAGCUUGGCUACUUGUCUAACCUAAGCUUGUACAGCGCUUCUUUCUGUACAAAGGUCGAAGCAAGAAGCUUCUUGUAAUCUAUGAAGGACCUCAGCACUAACCUAGGGGGUUUCCUGUGUUUGUCCUAACUGUAAUCUGUGACAACUUUGAAAAGCUUGUUUUAGCUUCGAGGGAUGCCAGUGAGUUUUGAAGACUCAAUGGUUUCAAGUUUGGUAUCCUAGUUGACUGUCAGGAACCCUUUAGACAAAGUGAGUAGUGAGAUCGUUGCGGAAGAAGCUUAUACAUAACAUGGUGUGUGUCUGCACUUUUGUAGCAAGGGACCUUCUAGUCAAUUUGUGUAGGAGGUUAGCUGGGCGUAGCUAGCUUUGCGGAAAGUCCUGGGCAGCUAGACGUACCGUCGGGUUAGACCCCAGAAACCCGAUCAAGGUCUUGGUUUCCAAUCGGCCCAGUCAGCCUGCUUGCAGCUCAACAGGUAGCUGUGAAGCAAUAAUGACCGAGUGCAAACUCGGGAGAGUCCACAACGCUGCCUCAUUUCAUUCAUGGUCGAAAUCCUCAGCAGAAUCUUGCAUGCAUGGCCAUGCAUGGC